GAUGCAGUCUAAGAUGGAAGCGAGCUAAAUUGGUAGGAGGAGGAUGAAAAUCCACACCCCUUUCGGUUUCUACACGGCAUCGUACCGGAACGCUUAAUCGCUUGGCGGUAAGUCUUUGUCGGUAGGGUGGUAACUAUCCACGGCCGAAGCCUCCCACCAGCCGAUUUCCGUCCUAUUGUCGGUUUGCCGUCCCAUCGGAUUUCAAGAGUGAGGGAAGAGAGAGAGAGUGCACUAAAGCUUGCGCAUACACUUGUGCACUAUCUCCUGCGUACAUGGUUAAUCUCACCAUGAGAUUACCCGCCGUGACCGAAAAGUUGGUUGAAGUCGGGAUAUUAUUAAUAGGAAAGACCAAUGUAUGCCAAAACAUGUAUUUUAACGCUACUGAAAAGUCUCCCAAAUUAAUUCCAUUGUUACUCUCUGGCCAGUCAUUUUCAGUCGUUCCGUCAGUCCUGCGUCGAGCGGCAGUUCAUGUCAUAAGCUCAGACGAGGCGGUCCUUUGUACAGCUUUCGCCUCAAAGUUUAGUACGCGUCGUGGUGUGAACCAAAUUGUUUAAUUGUUUCGUGUUUGUUGGUGUUGGUUUUAGUUUGUAUAACUUUGUUUGUGGAGUGUUUCAAUGUUUGGUGCAAAGGCUGAACAUUUGAAAAUACGAAAUUACCGUUUCUAAGAUUACAAGAACAUUAACAACUAACAUUUGUAAACAUUUUAUGUCAAAGUGAAGUUAUUUUAAAGAUAUUAAGUGUCGUGUAAACUUAAUCUUCUUAUUCGAAACGUUCUUGAUUUCUAAUAUAUUUCUCGAGUGUCAACUUAAUGAAAUGUUAUGAGAUUUUUGUGGAAUUUCUGUGAACUUGCCGGCGCGGUAUUAAAGUGGUUUCAAUAACAAUGGAGUGUAUAUGGACACAAUGGAUUCCAUGUCCAACAUAACUUUGCUGAGGAAAAAGUUUUACGCGUCCAAUAGCUUCAAGAACAUGACUAACAUGAGUGAUGUUGAGGUGAUAUACACUUGGGAGAUGGACUUCAACCGGAGCCUGCUGGCGGCGGCGACGGUGCUGGUGCCCAAGAAGCCCACGCCGUCGCCCACGACGCCCAUGAUGCCCGUGUGGGCGCACAACUCCUGGGUGUGUCUGUUCGCCGCCAUGCUGACCGUCGCUAUCGGGGGCAACGCUAUCGUUAUAUGGAUUGUCACAGCUCAUCGCCGAAUGCGGACGGUGACGAACUAUUUCCUGGUGAAUCUCUCCUUCGCUGAUCUCAUGAUGGCGUCCCUCAACUGCCUGUUCAACUUCAUCUAUAUGCUGCAUAGCGACUGGGUGUUUGGAGUGCGUUACUGUCAACUGAGCAACUUCAUAGCGAACGUCACUGUCGCGGCCAGCGUGUUCACUCUCACCGGGAUAUCAUUUGACAGGUACCAAGCGAUCGUCAGACCAAUGCGGCCGAGGAUGUCAAAGACAUGCUCCCUCAUCAUGAUAGCCGUCAUCUGGGCGAGCGGGAUGCUCCUAGCUGUGCCAUGUUUACUGUACUCCACUACUAAGGAAUAUCGAUCGAAGGGAACCUUAAAAACUGCAUGCCUGCUGUCGUGGCCUGAUGGUUUACCUGACGUCUCAUACAUGGACUUUGUGUACCAAGUGUUGUUCUUCGUGGUCACGUACGCGGUGCCCAUGCUCGGGAUGACGUUCUUCUACUCGGCGAUGGGGCGAGUCCUGUGGGGGUCUAGAUCCAUCGGUGAACUGACGCAGAGGCAAGCUGACUCCAUACGAUCUAAAAGAAAGGUCGUGAAGAUGUUUAUCCUCGUGAUAGUGAUAUUCGGCCUCUGCUGGCUGCCCUACCACUCGUACUUCAUCUACACACACUUCAACCCGUCGAUCAUGUACAUGAAGUACAUCCAGCACAUCUACCUGGGCUUCUACUGGCUAGCCAUGGCCAACGCUAUGGUCAACCCUAUCAUUUAUUACUGGAUGAAUGCCAAGUUCAGGUCAUACUUCCGGGCGGCAAUCCUCUGCCGCUGGCGCGACACGUGUUUCCGCCGCAAGAGGCCGCUGCCGGAGUCGCCGCCUGAAUACGUCUCGCAGUCGGGCAGCAGAUCCCGUUCAGUGUUCGCCUCCACAGGUGUCGAGGAGCCCAGAAGCUUAAGAGGAAAUGCAGCAGUCGCAUGGCCGCGCUCGUCAUACCUGGCGCCCGGCCUGCGGUCGCAGAGACCGCCUUUGCUUGCUAGCUGUCCGCGGUCGCAGAGACCGCCUUCGAUUGCUAGCUGUCCGCGGUGCCCGCACGGGACCAACUACGAUGCAUUCAUCCACGGGCGUAAAGUGUAAAUAAAAUAGUUUUGUUUGUAAAAGAGACUAUUCGUAGUUAGGCUGUGUCAAAUUCAAUUUAUAAAGUCAAUAACUGAUUUUGUAAUUAUAAUUAUUAUAAAAUUUUACAAGUUUAUGAAUACUUGUAUGUAUAAUAAGUAAUUAUUAUAAGUAUCUUAAAACAUCUAAACUAUUGUUACUGAGUUCAUUUGGCUAUAUUUUUUUAAUGUCCAGUUGGGGGGGGGGGGGGGGACUUUGGACCUCCUUCUCCAGCUCAUGGCGACGCUCUUGAUUGUGAAUGCUGAUAAUAAACGAUAACAGUAGCAACUAGUCAGCAAUGGUACUUAACCUUUUUCACCCGCCCGCGACACCGUGACUAACACGUGUUUGUGGUUUUCGCAAUAGGAAUGAUAAUAGUUUUUAAAUUGUUUAAAAAUUAAGAGUAUAAUAAUAUCGUCUCUGAAAUCAACUACGCGCAGGUAAUAAGUAGACUGCACAUUAAAAAAAAACGCGUGAAGCUUCAGGCAAUUACCGGUGGGUGAAAGUUUUCAAAAUUAAGUAAUUAAUACCAGAUGUCCUAGAUGGGCCAACAACAAAAGCCCAAAGAGCCGCAGGUUGAGAAACUAGUGUAUACUUUUCGCCUGACUAGUUAUAACGUAUACCUAGUUGGACUUCACUGAUUAAAUACUUUCUAACAAAAUAUUUCAUACUUGUCGUUUUUGUAACUAACAUUUCUUUAAAAUAUUUCAUACUUGUCGUUUUUGUAACUAACAUUUCAACAAAAUAUUUCAUAUUGUCGUUUUUGUAACUAACAUUUCAACAAAAUAUUUCAUACUUGACGUUUUUGUAACUAACAUUUCAACAAAAUAUUUCAUACUUGACGUUUUUGUUACUAACAUUUCAACAAAAUAUUUCAUACUUGACGUUUUUGUAACUAACAUUUCAACAAAAUAUUUCAUACUUGACGUUUUUGUAACUAACAUUUCAACAAAAUAUUUCAUACUUGACGUUUUUGUAACUAACAUUUCAACAAAAUAUUUCAUACUUGUCGUUUUUAACCGACUUCCAAAAAGGAGGAGGUUCUACGUUCGGCUGUAUGUAUGUUUUUUUUUGUAAUUAACAUUUCAAUAAAAUAUUUCAUACUUGUCGUUUUUGUAACUAACAUUUCAACAAAAUAUUUCAUAAAUGUCAUGAAAGACAUUUAAAUUUUAACCGACUCCAAACUGUUUUUUAUACUGAUAACUGUAAAUUAAAGGUUUGCUCCUACCGAGAUUAAGCCACGAAGCGAACUACGCGACCACGACCACGUGGCCACAACCAUCACUGACCUAUUCGCUAACUUUGUGACUAAAUUUAGUGGAUAUACACGAAAGGGGAAUGCCCACUGGCCCAUACAACGUCUUUUGUAGCUAACUUUUUUUGAUAAAGUAAUGAUUUCAAAGUCAAAUUAUCAAGUUUUUUUUUACAUAUAAGUAAAUUGCCGGGUGGUUAAGAGCGCGCAGCGCGUCGGUACGAUAUGGAUAAAAUUCGAAGCGCAAACGAGACGCCGAAUUAUGACUUUCACGUGAGUGAAAAGCACGGAGCGAUUGACGCGCGACGCAAAUUUUAUGACGUGAGCGAAAACCAUUUUUACCUAAUUGCAAGUAAAUUAAACAACAUAACGAAAAACAAAAUGGCCUUGUUCAAGAUAUAUACCUAAUUUUAUUAGAUAUAUACCUUAUUCCUGAGAUUGAAAGCAAAAUGUGAGCAAAACAUGUAUUUUUCAAAAAAAAUAAACUAUCGAGAAAAGUUUUACAAAUUGUGUAUUUUGUAUAGUCAUAACGAAGCUAACAAUUUGAAAUAUCAUUUACUAUAUAGAUAUAAAUAUCAGGCUCCUAACUUUUCCAGAAUCUGAGAAUCCAGAACCAUUUAUAACCACCAAAUUACAUAUUGCACACUCUUAAGUUAGGCCAGUGCCGGGCGGAUUCCCUUUAACCAUCUAUGGUAUGUUAGGCUAUGUUAGUAAUUCUCAAGUCACGUGAUUUCGUAUUCAAUAAUAAUUUAUUGUUGCUAACUGUUAAAAAUUACUAACCAGUGUAUUUGUCAUUGUGAUCUCCGUGAAUAAUUUGGGAUUUACGGAAUAAGAAAAAUGCGUUUAUUAUUGUGUUACAGAAGGUGGGAGAAGUAAAAUAAUAUUUUCACUGUACACAAAUUUAUUCGAUAACAAUUUCAGCAUAGCUUCCGCUAUAAUGUUAAUAUUACACGCUGAUGGUAGUAUAUCAAUGAAUCUGCUAAACAACCCUCUAUUUUAUAAUAUUUGCAAAGUUAGUGUCUACUGUUGGUAGCACGAAUAUGUUAACAAUACAAGUACGUUUUAAUAAUAGUUCCGGAGUAUUAUUAUACAAACCAAACGUUAUAAUUCUAUCUAAAACACAUUAAUAAUUAAAAGAUAUUUAUAACGAUCGUAAAAUAAUAUUAAAAUAUCGAAACACAAAGUUGAGAAAUUAAAUACAAACUAAAUCAUAACGUGACGUCAUAGUUGUCAAGAGUAAAAAUAACCAAUGAUGAAUUUAUAUCAUGUAAAAUAAAUAAUUAUAUUUAUAUCAAUAAUUAAUAAUAACCUCUCCAGUGUUCGGAUUGAUAAUCAUUGUUACUUAAUUAAAUUUAACUAUAAUAACCGGAAGUCAUAAAAGUAUGAAAUGAAAUGACGCUACUAUACGCUAGGCGGCGACACUUAUCUAUACGAAAUAGGCGGGAAGCAGGUACUAUUUGUAACAUUCGGCCAUCCUGAAGAAGCCGUGUCCCACGGCGUUCUGGUAACACUCUGGUAGCUCCCACUGGACCAUCAGUUAUCUGGAAAGAACAGGAUCCAGCAGUAAUUUGAAACUGACAAGGUUUUGAUCAAUAUACAUAAUCGAAGUGCCAUCAUAAAGCCUAAUUCGUUUCUGGUAAUUAUGUUCAUGGGUCACUUAGACUUCAAACCCAAACAAUAAGUAUAUUGUGCUAUCUAUAUGAAAGAAAUUCAGAAAUUAUGAUAAAACAAAAACAUCGCUAUUAGUACUUCCAGACAGGUACCUAAUCUGGAAAUACUUAUUUUACUAUAAAAUCACAUAUUUGAAUUUUAUCUGCAUAUUAGUUACUAGGUCAUUCCGACUUCAAUAAAUAUGAAUCACUAAGAUAACUUGAACUUUAAUCAAAAUAACUCGGACCAAUUCAAAAUCAAAAUCAAAAUCUUAAAUCAUUUAUUUCAAGUAGGCUCAGUUUACAAGCACUUUUGACACGACAGUAGACUAUUUGUAAAGAUUCUACCACCGGUUCGGAAGGCAGGUUCUGCUGAGAAGAUACCGGUAAGAAACUCAACAGUUGCUCUUUUGAAAGAGUCAUAGAGUAUUAUAAUUUACAAUUGAUAACAAUUACAAUUUCUUAUAGUUUUAUUUCCUGUGUGAAGGUGGAAGCUGAUCCAAUGGCCUCCAAGCGCUUUUAUCUUUAUAGGAACUCAUCAAUGUUGUAGUAACCUCGACUAAGUAAAUGUUUUUUUUAACACAUUGCUUAAAGCUAUGCAUUGGCAGGUCCAUCACAGUUUUGGGGAUCUUGUUAUAGAAGAGUACACCCAAACCUACAAAAGAUUUUUUUUUUACUCUUUGGAGACGAUAUGCAGAAAUAACUAACUUAUGCCCGUGUCUAGUAAGACGUGGGCUUAAAUCUCCUUUUCGUUUGGAAUUCGUUCGUUCAAUUUAGGUAAGCACACAAAUACUUAGGUAUUUCACACAGACAAAAACGUGUGUCACACAGACGCAGGUCACACAGACGCCGGUCACACAGACGCAGGUCACACAGACGCAGGUCACACAGACGCAGGUCACACAGACGCAGGUCACACAGACGCAGGUCACACAGACGCAGGUCACACAGACGCAGGUCACACAGACUUAGGUCACAAAGUCAUAUAUCAUACAGACAUAUAGUAAAAGGUAAGCCAUAGUCGAAUAUAUAGAUAUAGACAGACGUGAGUCGCAUAGAAGUGAAUCACUGACGAGUGCCACAUAAGACAGAAGUCACGUAGAAGUAAACCAAGAGGAACUGAAUCACAUAUAUCGCCACUUAUGCAUAAGUCACAUAGAGAGAAUCUUACAAUAAUAUUGUUUCAAUUGUGCGUUUUUUUUUAUUUAGAACUGUGAAAAUCAAUGUUAAUUCUCGACUACCGUAUAUGAGGACAUCUGUAACUUCAUUUUCCUCCCUAUCUACCAGAUCAAUCUGCAAAUACGUAGAACUAUUAAUCUUGUUAAUAUUACAAGAAUAUUAACAAGAAUGAAUAUAAUUUAAUAUCUGUACUUAUUCACUACCACAUUCUAUCAAUAGACGAACUUUGAAUUAAAUUAAUUGAAUCUGUAAACUGCAUCCCAUAAGGUCUUAGCCCCCACACAUUAUAGUACAAAUUUUAUACGUACCGACCUCAUGUUACGCUUUAGAAAUCUCUUAUGAUUAGAUUUUAGUAUAUAAGUACAUUUAUAUUGUAGUUUUCCCAAAAAACAUAUGUUUCCAA